AUGUUGUCCACAGUAUUAGUGGUUAGCAGCAAUCUGAUUAAGUUGAAAGAAAUGCAGAUCUGGGAUCUCAUUUAUUUGGAUAUUGCCUCCAGUGAUGCAGAUCUCAGCAUCCGUUUCUGCCCAUCCUCUUUAACUCUUGUUCAUAUCCUCUAUCAGUUUGCCACAUGGGAUGGCAACAUGUGGUGUGGACAGCAACCAGGCUUUUCUGUACUGAGGAUGCCUCCUGGUGGUCGAGAUGGGACCAGUAAUGUUAAAGUAGAGACUCAGAGUGAUGAAGAGAAUGGGCGUGCCUGUGAAAUGAAUGGGGAAGAAUGUGCGGAGGAUUUACGAAUGCUUGAUGCCUCGGGAGAGAAAAUGAAUGGUUCACACAAUGGCCAAGGCAGCAAAGCUUUGUCAGGAGUUGGAGGCAUUCGACUUCCUAACGGAAAGCUAAAAUGUGAUAUCUGUGGGAUCAUUUGCAUCGGUCCCAAUGUGCUCAUGGUUCACAAAAGAAGCCACACUGGAGAACGCCCUUUCCAGUGCAAUCAGUGUGGUGCCUCUUUUACUCAGAAAGGCAACCUCCUUCGUCAUAUCAAGUUGCAUUCUGGUGAGAAACCCUUCAAGUGCCAUCUCUGUAACUACGCAUGCCGCAGGAGGGAUGCCCUCACAGGUCACCUGAGGACUCAUUCAGUUGGUAAACCUCACAAAUGUGGAUAUUGUGGCCGAAGCUAUAAACAGAGAAGCUCUUUAGAGGAGCAUAAAGAGCGUUGCCACAACUACUUACAAAGCAUGGGCCUCCCAGCCACCUUGUACCCAGUCAUUAAAGAAGAAACCAACCAUAGUGAAAUGGCCGAAGAUUUGUGCAAGAUCGGAUCUGAGAGAUCCCUCGUGCUGGAUAGACUAGCAAGUAACGUCGCCAAACGUAAGAGCUCUAUGCCUCAGAAAUUUGUGGGUGACAAAUGCUUGACAGAUCUCCCAUAUGAUGCCAGCACCAAUUAUGAGAAAGAGAAUGAAAUGAUGCAGACCCACGUCAUGGAUCAGGCCAUCAACAAUGCCAUCAGCUAUCUAGGGGCCGAAUCAUUGCGCCCACUGGUGCAGACACCCCCCGGCGGCUCCGAGGUUGUACCAGUCAUCAGCUCCAUGUACCAGCUCCACAAACCCCACGGUGAUGGUCACCCACGCCCUAAUCACACAGCCCAGGACAGUGCAGUGGAAAAUCUAUUGCUGCUCUCUAAGGCUAAAUCCAUCUCCUCUGAAAGAGAUGCCUCCCCAAGCAACAGCUGCCACGACUCCACAGACACAGAGAGUAAUAACGAGGAACGGAGUGGCCUCAUUUACCUGACAAACCACAUAAACCAACAUGCCAGAAAUGGUUUGUCCAUAAAAGAAGAGCAUAGGCCCUAUGAUGUCCUGAGGGCAGCAACUGACAAUUCCCAAGACGCUUUCAAAGUUAUCAGCAACAAUGGGGAGCCAUUGAAGGUGUAUAAAUGUGAACACUGCAGGGUCCUCUUUUUGGACCAUGUGAUGUAUACAAUCCACAUGGGUUGCCAUGGCUUCCGUGAUCCUUUUGAAUGCAACAUGUGUGGCUAUCACAGUCAGGACAGGUAUGAAUUCUCUUCCCACAUAACACGAGGGAGCACCGUUACCAACAUGAGUUAAACUCCUUUUCUGCUAAGCACUCACCUUGAGAGGCUGUAUGCCUAGAGUUGCAUGAACAUCCACAUAUAGGAAAAAACAAAAAACAAACAAAAAAAGGCAUGGGAGAAAAGAAAAAAGGAAUCAGAUGCCUGGUUUUCCUCCUUUCUGCAGCAUGUAGUAGAUGGUUGUGGUAAUUGCAACUCAUUUUUUUCUUUGAGUUAUUUUAAGAAAGCAACGAGAUUUUUAAUUGUUAGUUGCAGAGUUGAAUUUUAGAUCAUAAAAAUUAUUAGUUAAUGUACUAGAAGCUUUUGUAGACUGCUAGACUCCCCUUCUUCAUCUUUUGCAUCUUGUAAGCUUCCCUCCUCUCAAAAGCUUAUUUCAUAGAGAAUCCAUACAAAAGCAGGCCAUGGGUUGGAAAAGAAAAGAACCCACCCCUACAUGUGACCCUUGGCUAAGAGUAAGAUUUUCAGGUAAGGUAGGUUCUGUGACUUUCCAUGAAUAAUCUCUACACAAGAAGAAAUUUGGCUAUGUUAAGGAAAAUAGGGGUAAAAUGAUGUUGAGUGGGACAGAAUCAAAGUUAAUCUUCCUGAAUCUUUUGGGUUAGAAGGAUUUGUGAGGCCUCAAAGCUCAUGUUUCCAAGGACUGAUGUUUCCUUCUUGCUGUGUAUGACUGUGUAUGACUGUGUGUGUGUGUGUGUGUGUGUGUGUGUGUGUGUGUGUGUGUGUGUGUGUUUUAAAGUAAUGCUAUUUGGAAUCAUUCUCUGUAUAGGAAAAUAUCCAGUUUGUUUAGAAAAGGUAAUACUUCGAGAAAAACCUAAGCUGACAAUGAAGAAAUGCUUAAUUAGGAGAAUCUUUUUAUAUGAUCAAUUUGAUUUCAAGGACGUUUGCACAAUGCCUAUAAGACCUUCAAGGAUAUUGCUGAAACCUAUCCAAGUUAUACUCCAAGUUACUGAUGGUGCAUAGACACAUUUAAACAUUCUUCUCCAUUUGGUCACAUGGAAUUUAUUUACAAGCACUAGAAAUUUAUUUUAAGCCACUGGUUCAGAUACAGGAACCCUGAUCAUUUUUGCAGCUCCCCUGAGAAAUUCAGGACCCUUUGAAAUAUUUUACUUUAUCUGCCAUGGCAUUGAUGUUUUUUGUUGAUGAGUAGUAUUGUCCUUUACCAUUACAGAUGGACACCUCUACAAUUUAUAGCCUUAAAGAGCUGACUGGGGCACUGAGAAAUUAAGGUACUCGUUCAGGAUUACACAGACAAUAUGUGUCAGAGAUGAGACUCAAAACCAUAUCUUCCUGGUUACAGGGCCAUUCUCUGUCUAUCACACCACACUGCCGCUCUAAAUAUUUACCUUCUAGAAAGCCAAAAUUUCAUGCCAAACUUCUCCCUAAUUGACCCCUCUUUCCACAAAUGUCUCCUCCUUUAAAAUCUAAUCAAGAUCCUUAAUAAACACAUAUGCAUAUGAACCCUCCCACCCUAUCCCUCUUUCUCUCUCUCUCUUUUACAUCCUUGUAACUGAAAAAUCCAUUCCACUGGAAUAUGAUCCUACAAGUUUAUCCAUGAGUAAAUGUGAUUUAUUAUUCUUUUGCGCCAUUUCAAACAUCAGAAAUUACUAGGAAAUAACAAUAUUAACUAUGUCAUAUGGCUGAAAUGGGAAUAUAUAUAUAUAUAUAUACAUAUAUAUAUGUCUCAAUCUCACAAAAGGGGCAUACAAGAUAGGUGUUAAUAAAGAUGGCAUAUUAUCACUAUGAUUCAAUGAGUGCAUCCCAGAAGCCAUAGUAGUGAGAUAGUUUGUGAAAUAUUUAUUGUGUAUAAGCAAGAAGUAAAGGCUUUCUUUACAGUAGUCAGGCAUAUCUUCUGUUUCCAUGUGAAUUUGUAUCAUUGUUUUAGUAAAAAUGUUUUAUUUUUAUGUAUGCAUCUGGAAAAAUAAAGAAUAGCUCUCCACCAUUACAGAGGCACAGAAGGACAAAAAUAUUUAUAUCUCUGUUCCACAUUGAAAGACUUCUUGGUUAUUUCCAAAGUAUUCAGGGGGGAUGAGAAAGGAUUAUCACUAUUAUUUUCUCUGAGGUUUUAAAAGUGUUGAAUUCCCCCACUCCACCUCGAUAUUCAGCCUUUGUCAGAUACCAACAAUAAGCCAUGUUUUCAGAAUACGGUAUCAUUGAUCUCAUCUGGGAUGUGCUGGGUUUGUAGUGAUUCUUUAAAUAUGGAAUUCCUUUAACUAUUCCUGUCCAUGGGCAAUUGAGUAUUCCUGAUAUACCCAUGAAAUAAUAUGGGCACAGGUGUUUCUUUGGCCCCAGAUUUUCAUAUUUUCCAGGACAGCCUUAACAUUUAAAAACUGGAAACAAACAAAAUGGAAAUUUGAUAUUUCCUGCAGAGGAUACUUCAAAGCAAAGGAAAGAAGAGGCAAAACUGGUCCUGUCUUCUUAUUUCACCAGUUCUUGCUUUUUUAUCCACUGACAAAUAGAAGAUUGUUAGAAUUCUAUAUAGAACUUUUAUUUUGGGGUUUUUUUUAAUAAAAGUAUUUUAUUAUUUUCCAGUUACAU